AUGACCCGCCGUCGUAGUGGAGGUUCACAAGCAACCGCUCCACGGCGUAAGCGUAAGAAGGGCCCUACUCGAAGGAAAAAACCACGCACAUCAAUGGGGCCAUUGCGCAGCGUAGCCGAUAUUACAAACAAGCGCAACAACGUCUACUUCUACGACGAACGCGCCCAAGGACAGAACAAAUCCAAGGUGGUCAUGAAGUUUUUCGCGAUGCUUUCCGUGGUGUUCCCGUACAAGAAAGUGGUGUUGUGUUUCUUGUUACCUGGUCACUCUCACAUCAUUGCCGACCGCGUCAUUGCAUGGUGUAGACGUGCUACACGCAAAAAGAACUUACAUGCUCCACUGCUUCUCGUGGAAGAAGUGAACAAGGAGUUCUUGGCCUACUACCCAGCCGUACCAGAGCCAAUCGUAAACGCUCCACAACUCGACUCCACAAUCAACGAUACAGACGUACCAGCUCCAUCAAAUGAGAAGCGAAAACCAGGGCGCCCCGAGAAGAAGAAAAAGACGCUGAAAUCGAAGCAGCCUUCGAUCCUGCAGUUUUUUAACUUGGCCCAGAGGCCGUCGAGCUGA